CUUUAUUUGUGUAUUUUUGAUCUUGCUCCUUUUUAAUUGCUUCUUCUCUAGUUUUCUUAAUUACUUUAAGCUUUGUUCUAUUAUAUGAUUAAUUGACAUAUCUAAUUCAUACCCGUAAUUGAUGAAAUUAUUUGAUCUCUUGGCUAGUUAAUCCAAAGUGGUUAACAUAGGGAAAACAUUGCAGACUAUAUUCUGUAUAUUGUAUACGGACUAUAUACUGUACAUUGAGUCUCUUUGCUUUUUUCACCAUUACAAUCAUCGUGUUUAAAAUUCUUAAAUUGUGUUGGUAUGUUACAAAAAUAUCCUUUUAUUAUGCCCAUUUGUUCAACUCAAAGUGAUUAAUUUUAUCAGUUCAGUAUUUAAAAAUUGAAUUCAAUCAACAGAAGUGACCUGUCACAAACCAUAUACAUAUCAAUGUUUUGAUAAUGUGAUCUUCACUGCCAUUAAUAAUUUGUCCAUCAUCUUUGACUCUUAUUGAUUACUUCUACCUAAAAUACAAUCAAUGGUCAUUACGACUUCAACAUAUCAAUCAAACGUUUUUAAUAACGUCAGUAUCAAAGAGGUUGUAAUCAACUUUCCCUUUAUUACUCUCAUGUGAAAAUUAGUGAAGACAAUUUUUCCCUAAAAUAAAAUGGCCACUGCCUUUCAAGGAGAAAAUUCUAGCUUCCUGAUUGGUCCUGAACAUAUCAAGAAAGAAAUUACUGAGAUCGAUGAUGAUGACGAAGAAGAAGAACAGCAAAUCGAGAUUGAUAUAAAUUAUGAAUUUAGAUGCGAAGAACGAAGAAAACUCCAUAUCAGACCGCAACCAGCUAUCAGUACGAGCUAUUCUGACAAUUAUACUCAUACCAAAGAUGUCUCAGAUAAUCAAAACAUAUGUGACCAAAACUAUCAGAUGAAUGGUAAAAUUGAUGGCAAUAAUAAUCAAGAAUGUGAUAGUGAUGAAGAUGAAAUCACAAAGGAAGAUGUUAAAGCUAUUUAUGAACAAUUGGAAAAAACCAAUGCAAUACUCAAGGAACAAAUGAUACAAAUAAAAUCGAAACUGGCUCAAACUCAAGACUCAUCUAUUUUCAAUCGUAGAUCACAAUUAAAAAACGAAAUUGGGGAAAUCAUGUGCCAAAAACAACGGUAUCUGGAUCAAAAUGUUCACUUGAGAUCCUGGUAUUUCGGAGCAUUUAAGAACAGGUUUCAUGAUCAAGUGGACAAAAGGUUAGACAUCGUUCAUGAAUCCAUAAAGACAGAUUGCGAUUAUGUUGUACAAAGUAAGACAAACUUGGAUAUGUCUCAAGAUUCAAGAUCAAGAUUUUCGUCUGAGAAAGCGACACAAACCAUUAGGACAAUGGCUUGUAAAGGUAAUGAAAAAACGGAAAAAUUGAAAAACGAUUUUAUCAAUCAUUUGAAACAACGAAAUCUUGACCUAACAAGAAAAUUGGAACAGGCAAAAUUACUUCAUCCAUCAUUCCCUUUGAAUGGACCUGAUGUCAUGCUGGUCAAAAAUGAUGAUUAUCUCAAGCUUUUGGAAAGCUCAAAAAAUCCAACAAACAAUCGAACAAAACCAAACAGCUGUGAUCGAACAAAUAAAAAUAGUAAAGACGAAACAAUUGACUCAACUAAAAAUUCAGGGACAUUAGGUAAUGAAAAAACAAAAGAAACUACAAAUGGGACAAAUGGAGAUAUCAAAAGACAGUUCUAUACUUGCAAAUGUGGUCAGCAGUUCAGUAAAAAUACUCUGGGUUAUAAAGCUGCUUAUGAUAGUUUCCGUCAACAUGUCGCAAGAUGCAGUGUUUAUAUGAAAAAUGGUGCUGUCUGUGAUAUUUGCGAUGCUCCAUUCCAUUCCAUUCCGUGUUUGAAAGUUCAUAUUCGCCGAAUUCACCCAGAAAAUCCUGAAUUACUUGAAAAAUAUCGACACAUUGUAAGUUGUCCAUGUGGAAAGGUAUUUGACAACUAUUCCCAAGAAUGUACUGCAAUAAAAGCUCUUCGUAAACAUGCUCGAACUUGUUCAUCAUAUCGUAGUAAAGCAAUAUUUUGUUAUAUAUGUAAAGAACCAUUCCUUGAGCCUAAUCAACUCAAUAAUCAUAUCAGAAUGGCCCACUCUGGUAAAUCCAAUGGAGCCAUCGUCAAGUCUUCAACAGUGGCCAAAGCUUCCUCUUCAAAUUCAGCCAAAAAGAAGAAAGUAAAUUAAAUUACAAAUAAAGUUACCGAAUCUUCCAUAAACAUUGACGAUCAAACCAGAUCAAAAGCCAACCAAAAAUCAACCCAAAAAUCAUACCAAAAAAUUAUACCAACAUGAUUCAAUUUUUUACAUAUCUUCUCUCCAUAUCUAGUAAUAAUUUGUCCUCGUAAUGAUAACAUAUCCUCAAACUAAUCAUUCAAGGUCCAAAAAAAUCUGAAUCAAAUUCAAACAAUUUUUCAUUUUAAAAUUAUCAAAAUAUCUUCCAAUUUCGGUGUUUCUUUAAACAUGUAAAGUAUGUGCAAUCAGUUUUUUUCAAUUAUAUUAUUCAAAGCAAACAAAUAAUGUUGCCAACUAUGCUAAAAUGCAAAACAUAGUCCUUGAUGUAAUAUUAAUUAACUACAAUUGUUCUUCCUAAUUAUUAGGCCAUUAUUCAACUGCAUUUUAUUAUCAAAUAAAUAAACCUUUUUAACACUUAAA